UCAAGAUCCCGUCCCCCCGUUCCUUCCUAUUCCUCCUUCUCUUCCUCCUCCUCUUCCUUCUCCUCGGCGGAAGCGGGAUAUGAUGUAAAAUUAUAGUGAAACUCUUUUUGUUUGAGCAGAUCCUCCGAUGCAUUGUUGUAUUUGCCGCAAAGACUUCAGCGUUCGGUGAUCAGGAUUUCUUCCUCCUCUUCCUCCUCUUCAUCACCUCCUCCGGAGGUCGGCCGGCGGCGGGAGCAGCGCUGCUGCCAGAGAUGUAGUGUGUGUGUGCGUCGCUGUGAUCGGCGGACCAUCAUGCACCUCUUCUUCCUGCUGAUCCUUCAUGUCACCGCAACUUCCGCUCAGAUAGACCCUGUACACUGCCGCUCUGCCCUUGGCAUGCAAGAUGGCCGUAUCAAGGACAGUGACAUCACAGCUUCCAGCCAAUGGUACGAGACGACCGGUCCCAAGUACGCCAGGCUCAACAGGGAGGGGGGUGAUGGCGCCUGGUGUCCUGAAGGCGAGCUGGAGCCGUCGGACAGCCAGUACCUCCAGGUGGACCUGGGUCAGCUGACCUUCCUGACGGUGGUGGGCACUCAGGGCCGCUACGCCCGCAGCAGCGGGAAGGAGUACGCCCGGGCGUACCGGCUGGCCUACAGCCGCGACGGGGCCCUGUGGAGGGCCUGGAGGAACCGCCAGGGCAACCCUGUGGUGGAGGCCAACAGUGAUGCAUACAACGCCGUCAUCAAAGACCUCCACCCUCCCAUCAUCACGCAGUUCGUCCGGAUAAUUCCGGUGACGGAGGUCUCCGCCCCCGUCUGCAUGAGGGUGGAGCUCUACGGCUGCCCCUGGGAAGACGGGCUGGUGUCGUACAGCGGCGCCGAGGGCCAGGUCAUGGGGCCUCCGGGCCACGCCCUCGCCAGCCUCAACGACUCCAUCUACGACGGGACGCAGCACCGGAGGAGGCUGUCUGGGGGGCUGGGCCAGCUGACGGACGGAGUGAUUGGCCAGGACGACUUCCUGCUGACGCGGCAGUACCAGGGCUGGCCGGGCUACGACUACCUGGGAUGGAGGAAUGACUCGCUGAGCACCCUGGGGCACGUGGAGAUGGAGUUCAUGUUCCAGACUCAGAGGAACUUCACCUCCAUGAAGGUCCACAGUAACAACAUGUUUUCUCGUGGUGUGAAGAUCUUCUCCUCGGUGUCCUGUUGGUUUAAGUCCCGCCCCCUGGGGGUCUGGGGAGCGGGGCCUGUGGUGUUCCACACGGUAUUGGACGACCGUAACCCCAGCGCGCGCUAUGUGACGGUGCCGCUGGGCGGCCGCAGCGCCUCCGCCCUCCGCUGCCGCUUCGCAUUCGCCGACGUCUGGAUGAUGUUCAGCGAGGUGUGCUUCCUGUCUGAGGACACCGUACCGCCCACUCAGCCGCUCCCGACGGUCAGGCCCCUCCCACCUGACCUGCACCGCGCCACGGCAACCAUCCCAGCCACCGCGACGGGCCCCUCCACGGUGCCGCCGGCGGUCAGCCCCACGCCCGUGCUGAUUGGCUGCCUGGUGACCAUCAUCCUGCUGCUGGUGCUCAUCAUCUUCCUCAUCCUCUGGUGUCAGUUCGCCUGCAAGGUCCUGGAGAAGGCUCCUCGCCGCAUCCUGGAGGAGGAGCUGACCUUCCGCCUGUCGUCCUGCAGCGAGACCGUGGCUCUGCAGACCCCCCCCGUGCCCCCCCGCGCCCCCCCCGCCACAGGCGGCGUGGCCCCGGGCGUGGACCCCCACUACGAGAGGGUCUUCCUGCUGGACCCUCAGUACCAGAACCCCGCCGCGCUCAGGAACAAACUCCCGGAGCUGUCGCAGAGCGCGGAGACCUCUGGUUGCGGGGGGGGUUACGCCGAGCCUGACAUCACCCAGUGCACGCCCCAUCAGUGUUUCCAUAGCAACGCGCCGCACUAUGCGGAGACGGACGUGGUGAGCCUGCAGGGCGUGACGGGCAGCAACAUGUACGCCGUCCCCGCACUCACCGUGGACUCGCUCAGCCGGCAGGACAUCUCGGCCACGGAGGUCCCCCGGGAACGGCUGGUGUUCAGGGAGAAGCUGGGGGAGGGCCAGUUUGGAGAGGUCCACCUAUGUGAGGGGGAGGGGCUACCAGGAGGGGCUGUCCUGGUGGCUGUCAAGCAGCUGAGAGCUGAUGCAACAAGCCAGGCUAGGAACGACUUCCUGAAGGAGAUAAAGAUCAUGUCCCGGCUGAGCGACCCUAACAUCAUCCAGCUGCUGUGUGUGUGUGUGGCGUCCGACCCGCUGUGCAUGGUGACCGAGUACAUGGAGAACGGGGACCUCAACAUGUUUCUGUCCCAGCGGGAGAUCGAGAGCACGCUCACACACGCUAACAACAUACCCUCCGUCAGCCUAUCGGACCUGCUCCACAUGUCGGUCCAGAUUUCCUCAGGGAUGAGGUAUCUGGCCUCGCUGAACUUCGUACACCGCGACCUGGCCUCCAGGAACUGCCUGCUGGACCGCCGCCUCACCAUCAAGAUCGCCGACUUCGGGAUGAGCCGCAACCUGUACAGCAGCGACUACUACCGCAUCCAGGGGCGCGCAGUGCUGCCCAUCCGCUGGAUGGCCUGGGAGAGCAUCCUACUGGGUAAGUUCACCACGGCCAGCGAUGUGUGGGCGUUCGGAGUGACGCUGUGGGAGGUGUUCACCAUGUGCAAGGAGCAGCCCUACAGCCUGCUGUCGGACCAGCAGGUCAUCCAGAACACCGGAGAGUUCUUCAGGAACCAGGGCAGACAGGUCCUCCUCUAUGCCCCGCCCCUCUGCCCCCCCUCCCUCUUCAAGCUGAUGAUGUGCUGCUGGGGCCGCGACGCCGACCAGAGGCCCAGCUUCGAGGGCCUGUACCGGGCCCUGAGGCCCCACGCUGACCAGUGACCCCCCCCGGGCCCCACGCUGACCAGUGUGACCCCCCGGGGCCCCACGCCGACCAGUGUGUCCCCCCGGGGCCCCACGCUGACCAGUGACCCCCCCCCGGGGCCCCACACCGACCAGUGACCCUCCCCCGGCCCCGGGGCCCCACGCCGCCCAGUGAGGCCCCCCCGGGGCCCCAGCCCGAUCAGUGACCCCCCCCGGGCCCCACGCCGACCAGUGAGAACCCCCGGGGCCCAAGGCCGACCAGUGUGACCCCCCCGGCCCCGGGGCCCCACACGACCAGUGACCC